AUGACCGUUAAAGCGAUUACUAAUUUUGGAGGACUACAGACAUCAGUAUCAGUUUGUUUUUCACAAUACUGUUAUAUCAUGUUGCUGCUGGCAUCUGUAGAGUCGCGACCUGGUCUCGAAUUCACUUCAAGAUCUUUUGAAGGCUCCGUGAAGACGUUGUUUAGUGAUCUUUGGAGUUCAAUCAAGCAAUAUUACAAUAAAGCUGAAAGUUGGGUGACAGAUAAAUGGAAGGAUAUCACAGGCUGA